AACACGAAGAAGACUCUGGUCGAUCGAGUCAAGAUGGCGGCUUCCCUCCUUCGACUCGCCCGCGGGACUUUAGGCAGAACCUUAAACUCUGUGAGUCGGAGUGCUGCACUGAUCCCAGCACGUUCUGAAGUAACAGCAACUGAGACAAGACCUACAGUACGGCCCAAGGAUGCAGUGAGCCAUAACCAGCUAUUCCAGUUUGGGGAAUACGUGGCUGAAAUUCUUCCCAAAUAUGUACAACAAGUUCAGGUAACAUGCUACAAUGAGCUGGAGGUUAUGAUCCACCCAGAUGGAGUCAUACCCGUGCUGACUUUCCUCCGGGAUCACACCAAUGCCCAGUUCCGAAACUUGAUCGACCUCACCGCGAUUGAUGUUCCCAGUAGGCAAAACCGCUUCGAGAUUGUUUAUAAUCUGCUGUCGUUGCGCUUCAACACUCGGAUUCGAGUAAAGACCUACACAGAUGAGCUGACCCCUGUCGACUCUGCUGUUCCUGUCCAUCAAGCGGCUAACUGGUAUGAAAGAGAGGUGUGGGACAUGUUUGGAGUGUUCUUUGCGAAUCAUCCAGAUCUGAGACGAAUCUUGACAGAUUAUGGUUUUGAAGGACAUCCCUUAAGAAAAGAUUUUCCUCUGUCUGGAUACGUAGAGGUGCGCUAUGAUGAUGAGCUGAAACGUGUUGUAGCGGAACCUGUUGAACUUGCCCAAGAGUUCAGGAAGUUUGACCUGAACAGUCCAUGGGAGGCAUUUCCUGCCUACAGGGAGCCCAAAGAUGCACCUAAAAUAGAGGCUGGGGACAAACCUGCAAAGUAACAUCAUUUUAUUACCGAUGUGGGUGAACGCCAGACAUACAUUGACAGCUUUCUGCUACCGUAUUUAUGUAAAUAUAAGACUUCUGUUGACUUCUGUCUUAUUCAGAGACCUCUGAAGCAUCUGAAUAAAGAGUGAAUUCCAAAAUAA